AACAACACAUUUUUUACGAGAAACCAAUUUUUCCCUGUGUGAGUCAUGAACACACGCAGGCACGUGUGUGCACAGGUUUUGGAAAACACGUUCGAGCCGAACACACAACGCCGACAGAUUAAAAAAUAAUUGUUGGCGGUGGAGUAGUGAGCUAUUAGGACGUGUUACCGUGACGUCCCCGUUCGUCUGAAUCGCAACGUACCCUAAGCACCGACGACGACGACAACGAUGCGUUGUUUGCCGGUCAUCUGGUUGCCACUGGCCCUGGCCGUACUUAUCACCAGCAGGUGUGCAAUCGGCGCACCGACCAGGUCGCAGCUGCGACAGAUGAUCGCCAUGAUUCUAUACGAGGACGUGCUGUACAAUGACGUGCUGUCGGAGAAGGUGAUACUGGAUCUAUCCGACAAUUUGCCACCAGGGUUCAAAGAAACGGUGAAGAACCUCGAAAACGUAGACCCAUUGGAGUCACUUUUCGCACUUAGCACACCACAUGAGUACUAUUCGGGCGACAACCUGAAUCUGAGUGCGACCAUCCUCGGGAAGUCGCUCACGUGCCUGAUGCACAAGCGCGUGGCCUUCCAUCUGUCGCUGACUAUUGGGAUGAUUCAAAAUAAAGAGAAUCGGGUGAAAUUUCAGAUGCGGGCACGCGUAUUCACGAACGCCAUUCCCUACUACAUCGACAUGUCAGCAGCCAUCUACAAAAAAUAUGACGAGCUGUUGGACGUGUAUGACAUGUUGCACGGCAUGUUUUCAUCGCUGGAAAUAGUGGAGGACGCUGAGUAUGAGGCUAACAUCGAACAAAUUAAAAAAAAAAUGGUAUUUCUGACCGGCGUCAUCAAGUCGUCUUGCGUGGUCAACGAAAUGAAACAGUACUGCAGUAGCCUCCAGCUGGAGAAUUUAGAAAAUUGCGCGGACAAGAUUACUGAGGAAGAUAUCGUAUCAGAAUUGGAUGUCAACACUUACGUAGCGACGCUAAUGGAAAACGAGAACGACAUAUUUAAUUUGUUUGACGAGAUGGACGUGCUUAGAAGUAUGCACAUGGACGCGUGGAAGGUCUGGUUGAAAACACCGGAUUUACCACCAGUCACUGAAACAGAAGAAUUCAUAAGGACGCCGCUGCCCAAGUACAGGGAUGAAGUCGAAGAAAUCAUUGCAACUAGAGAGCUUGCUAUUAAAGAGGAAAACGCUUUAGCACAAGCUAUGGCUGAGAAAGCGACGAAGAUAUCUGUGGAAAUAAUAAAACCACCAGAGGAGGGAAAGCCACCUGCUGAUUCACAGGCAGGACCGUCGGAUGCAGCGACACCAGACUAAAACCUUUGGAAUUCUAUCGCGUUCGUCGAAGUUAUUCACUCACUUAUUAAUUUUUGUAAUUUAUCACAUUACGGUUAUUUUAACCUUCUACAGGUAUCAUAUACAUAUUAUAAUUAUAUCUUAGUUUUAUAUAAAUAAUAAUGUUUUAUUAAUUAUAUCAUUAAAAUAUUGUGUAAAUGUCACUACAUUUACCUAAUAUGUUUCAUUUAAAUAAUUGCUGUUGAGCAAAUAUUAAUAAACCAUUUAGUUAAAAAUCAUAAUUGUAUACUUCAAAACCAAUUGGAUAAUAUUGAUUUUUAUAAAAUAAAUUCAUACCGAAUCACAGUAAAAAUAAACCUUUUUUGGUCGAUAUCACGAAAAUAUUAUAUGAUUCGUAAUAAUAAUACACUCAAUGUCCCAAACUUGCUAAUUGCUAUGUAGGUACGCUCGCGUUUUUUACUCUUGUUUUAUCUACAGUUCACAUUGUGUGUUUUUGUAAUAAAUGUUAUACCUACGUAUAUAAUCAGCUUUACAUUACACAUUACACAAUUAUAAUAAUAUCAUUGACUAAAAUAACUGUCUUCGGAUAAUUUCUGAAAUAAAACAAAGUCGCUUCUAAAACAUCAAGGUCUAAGCCAUCUAUUACGGUGCUCUGACAAGUUUAUUGCGGAAAUGGGUGCAGAAAAAUCUGACUCACUACAGAUAUAGACGCCGCCUAGACAAUCUAUUGACUAUUUUUAGACUUCAUUCUAUUGCCCCUCCCCUUCAAAGCACCUCCAAAUACUCAAACAGGCCUCACAGCCCCCUCUCUGAAAGCCACUUCCCAUUAAACCAAUAUCAUUCGACAACACUUUCUUUCUACAAUUGGAAAAUACAAAUUAUCGAUUUAACUUAAAAUUCACAAUUAACAAACUACUUACCGAAGAAUCGAAUGAAAUUGAAAUCGGAUUUAACAUUUAUGUGCAACGUUGCCAUAUUAUGAUUUAAUUAACUAUCCAACGACUUACCAAGUGGAAUUUUUUGUUAGCGAAAACUUGAAGUGUAAAGAAAAAUAAUAAAAAUCAUAAUAAUAUUAUAUAAUAUAUUGUUAAAAUACGUUGGAUGUAAUAAAUGUGUAAGUACCCAUAUAUUAUAUUUUUUUUUCACUCCAUCAAUUAAAUUACAGCCUUCAGUAUUUUAAUUAAUCAACUGCUAUAAUCAAAUUAAAUGUGUGAUAAAAAUAUUAUAACAAUAUUGCUUUAUAAAUAAUGGG